CGCAGUGACGACGAGGAGGUUGCCGAAAAGUAAGGACCUGACAGCACGCCGCGCUCGCCUCCGGAAGUGGCUGCUGCUGCAACAUGUUCGAGGAGCUGGGUUUAAUUGGGACCAUAGGCGAAGAUGAAGAUGUGCCGCUGGAGCCAGAGUCUGACUCCGGAGACGAGGAGGAGGAGGGACCCAUUGUGUUGGGCAGAAGGCAGAAAGCCUUGCAGAAGAACCGAAGUGCUGAUUUCAACCCUGACUUUGUCUUCACUGAGAAGGAGGGGUUGUAUGAUGGCAGCUGGGCCAUGGCUGACGUCUUGAGCCAGCUCAAGAAGAAGCGAGCAGCCACGACAUUAGAUGAGAAGAUUGAGAAAGUUCGGAAGAAAAGGAAAACAGAGGAUAAAGAAGCCAAAUCUGGGAAGUUGGAGGAGGAGAAAGAAGCAGAGGCUCAGAAGUUGGAGAAGGAGAAAGACACGAUAAAAACCUCUGAGCUGGAGGAGCAGGAAGACAUUGAAGGGAAAGAUCAGGAAGGCCCAGAAGCUGAAGAUUCAGAGACUGAUUAUUCCUCCGCUGAUGAGAACAUCCUCACCAAAGCAGAUACACUCAAAGUAAAGGAGAAGAAGAAGAAGAAGAAGAAAGGACAGGAAGCUGGAGGAUUUUUUGAAGAUGCAUCUCAGUAUGAUGAGAACCUCUCAUUCCAGGACAUGAACCUUUCCCGACCUCUUCUGAAGGCCAUUACAGCCAUGGGCUUCAAGCAGCCCACCCCAAUCCAGAAGGCGUGUAUACCUGUGGGUCUGCUGGGGAAGGACAUCUGUGCCUGUGCAGCCACUGGGACAGGUAAAACCGCUGCUUUUGCCCUGCCUGUCCUGGAGCGUCUGAUCUACAAACCCCGCCAGGCUGCGGUGACCCGUGUGCUCGUGCUGGUUCCGACCCGGGAGCUGGGCAUCCAGGUGCACUCUGUCACCAAGCAGCUGGCCCAGUUCUGCAGCAUUACCACCUGCCUGGCUGUGGGUGGCCUGGACGUGAAGUCUCAGGAAGCAGCUCUUCGGGCCGCGCCUGACAUCCUCAUUGCCACCCCGGGCCGGCUCAUUGAUCACCUCCACAACUGCCUUUCUUUCCACCUGAGCAGCAUUGAGGUGCUCAUCUUGGAUGAGGCUGACAGGAUGCUGGAUGAGUACUUUGAGGAGCAGAUGAAGGAGAUUAUCCGAAUGUGCUCCCACCACCGCCAGACCAUGCUCUUCUCAGCCACGAUGACGGAUGAGGUGAAAGAUCUGGCUUCGGUCUCUUUGAAAAAUCCUGUCCGCAUAUUCGUGAACAGCAACACGGAUGUGGCUCCCUUCCUGCGGCAGGAGUUCAUCCGGAUCCGGCCCAAUCGGGAGGGGGACCGGGAAGCCAUUGUGGCAGCUCUGUUGACGAGGACCUUCAGCGACCACGUGAUGCUUUUCACCCAGACCAAGAAGCAGGCCCACCGCAUGCAUAUCCUCCUGGGCCUCAUGGGGCUGCAGGUGGGCGAGCUCCACGGCAACCUGUCACAGACGCAGCGGCUGGAGGCCCUCCGGCGCUUUAAGGAUGAACAGAUUGACAUCUUAGUGGCCACAGACGUGGCAGCCCGUGGACUUGACAUUGAGGGUGUGAAAACGGUAAUCAACUUCACGAUGCCCAACACUGUCAAGCACUAUGUCCACCGGGUGGGACGGACAGCGCGUGCCGGCAGGGCUGGGCGCUCGGUGUCUCUGGUGGGAGAAGAGGAGCGGAAGAUGCUGAAGGAGAUUGUGAAGUCUGCCAAGGCCCCUGUGAAGGCCCGGAUCCUGCCUCAAGAUGUCAUCCUCAAAUUUCGGGACAAGAUUGAGAAAAUGGAGAAGGAUGUGUAUGCCGUCCUGCAGCUGGAGGCUGAGGAGAAGGAGAUCCAGCAGUCGGAAGCCCAGAUCAACACAGCAAAGCGGCUCCUAGAGAAGGGGAAGGAGGCCCAAAACCAAGAGCCAGAGAGGAGCUGGUUCCAGACCAAAGAAGAGAGGAAGAAAGAGAAGAUUGCCAAGGCUCUGCAGGAGUUUGACUUAGCCUUAAGAGGAAAGAAGAAACGGAAGAAGUUUAUGAAGGAUGCCAAGAAAAAGGGGGAAAUGACAGCGGAGGAAAGAUCCCAGUUUGAAAUUCUCAAGGCGCAGAUGUUCGCUGAGCGGUUGGCCAAGAGGAGCCGUAGGGCCAAGAGGGCCCGAGCAAUGCCUGAGGACGAGCCUGCCAGAGGCCCUACCAAGAAGCAGAGGCCGGCGAAGAAAUCCGUAUUUGACGAAGAGCUCACCAACACUAGCAAGAAGGCCCUGAAACAGUAUCGAGCUGGCCCUUCCUUUGAAGAGAGGAAAAAGCUGGGCUUGUCCCACAAGAGGCGAGGAGGAAACUUUAAAUCUAAAUCCAGGUAUAAGAGGAGGAAGUAGCUGUGGUGACCUGAGAAAGUUGGUGGGGCAGCCCUGAAAUCCCUUCCCUGUGGGAAGUCAUCCUGGCUUGGCCUGUCUUUUCUCCAUCUGUAAAAAAAGACUGUUGGCAAUGUUAAGAA